UUCGCUGGCGUUUUGUAGCCGCUGCCCAGGCGGUCACACUAAAAAUACCGAAAGCGCCGUUGUUUUUUAGGGCGUUUUAUUCACCUUACUUCUUUGUGGUUGUUUGCCUAUCUACAUUGCCAUUUUGUAAAUCCCACUGACACCUUGCUCGUCCACGUAUAGAUGAUAUAGACGCGAAUUGGCCCGAACCCGAAGUCUGAACCCAAAAACUCCGUUAGUCCUUUGUUGAUGGUAAUCGUGCAUUUGAGGCGAGAAAUCGAAAUCGUUAGCAUUCCGUAGAGGCAUUCGAGGCACGGAGCGAGCAUGUUCAGUAUAAGCGAGCUCUGUUGCAUGUUUUGCUGCCCCCCGUGUCCGGGUCCCAUUGCGGCCAAGUUGGCCUUCCAGCCGCCGGAGCCCACGUACAAAUUGACCCCGGCGGACGACACCAACAUCCGGUACAACCUGCAGUUGUUCGACCGCGCCGAAUGGCAGUACUCCGAACGUGAGAAAUCGAAAGUGGAGGCCUUCUUUACGCGCACCUCGCGUGGCAACCUGAUCACCUGCAUCUAUGUCAGGUGCAGCAAGAAUGCCAAGUACACGCUGCUCUUCUCCCACGGGAAUGCAGUGGAUUUGGGCCAGAUGAGCAGCUUCUACCUGACCCUGGGCUCCCAGAUCAACUGUAAUAUCUUUGGGUACGACUACUCCGGGUACGGAAUGAGUGGCGGCAAGCCCUCCGAGAAGAAUCUGUACGCGGACAUAGAGGCAGCCUGGCAGGCGAUGAGAACCCGAUUCAACAUCAGCCCGGAGACAAUCAUCUUGUAUGGGCAGAGCAUUGGCACUGUGCCCACUGUGGACCUGGCCUCGCGUCACGAGGUCGGCGCUGUGAUACUCCAUUCGCCGCUGAUGUCCGGCCUUAGGGUCGUCUUUAGGAACACAAAGAGAACCUGGUUCUUCGACGCCUUUCCCAGCAUUGAUAAAGUGGCUAAGGUGAAGGCUCCGGUACUGGUUAUCCACGGCACCGAUGAUGAGGUCAUUGACUUUUCCCAUGGCAUCGGAAUCUACGAGCGGUGUCCUAAGACUGUCGAGCCGUUUUGGGUGGAGGGUGCUGGACAUAAUGAUGUGGAACUGCAUCCGCAUUAUUACGAGCGACUGCGCAAAUUUCUGUCGGUGGAACUCGUCAAAUGACAAUUAAAGAAUAAUGUGGACGGAGGCGUUAGCGACACUACAUCGGGCGUAAUAUCUAAUUCAAACCCUGCCGCCGGUAGUGCGUCCCUAAGUUCAAAGCACCCGAAUCCUGCCCCUGCGGCAGGAAGCGAAACAAGUAAAAAGAAUGUGGA